AUGAGUCCAAGAUUUGACGUCCCAAUCAUUGUCGGCGUCGGUGAUUUCAUCAAUCGUUCGCUUUCUGUGUCGGAUGCACGUGAGCCAUUAACCCUUAUGCUCAAUGCCAUUCAGAAAGCAAUCAACGACACCGGCCUAAGUGAAGUCAAAAGAGCGAGCUUACAGGCGAGCAUCGACAGCAUUGACAUUGUCAGGACAUGGACAUGGCCGUAUGACGACCUACCUGGUCUUAUCGGUCAGAAUCUAGGUGUCGAUGCUACGCAUAAGUCCUACACCGAACAUGGUGGCAACAAGCCAGCCAAAUUACUCGACGAAGCUGCCAGGAGAAUUUCGAAAGGUGCUACUAAGGUGGCUGUUGUCGCUGGUGGAGAGGCCCUAGCUUCGUUGACCGCGUGCGCCCAAGCCAAGAGACUGCCACCACCGGGAUGGACGAAGACGAAAGAUAACGUUGAUUCAGUCUUCUCGGCCAGUGGGAGAGAUCACGGUACCUCUGUUGGUGGAGUCCACUCGAUCGGGGACCCGAUCCAUAUCUAUCCUCUGUUUGAGAAUGGCUUUCGCGCACAGCGACGACAGUCUCUGGCGGAGAAUCAUGACGAAUCUGCUCAACUAUAUGCUGAUUUCGCCAAGGUUGCAGAGAAUCAACCUUUCGCCUGGAAUUACGGCUCGCGGAAAUCAAAGGAGGAUAUCUCUACCGUAACCAAGCGGAAUCGGAUGAUCUGCUUGCCAUAUCCCCUCCUCAUGAACGCUUUCAAUACUGUAAACCUUGCUGGGGCAGUCAUCUUGACAUCAAGAGCCUAUGCUGAGGAAUUAGGGAUACCUCCGGCAAAUUGGAUUUAUGCAUUGGGAGGAGCAGGCACACGCGACAGUGAUGCAUUCUGGGAACGACCAAACUACUAUUCUAGCCCCUCCAUUGAGCGCUCGAUUGACUCGGCCCUCGAAGUCUCUGGUAUCACGAAAGAAGAUAUUGACUUGUACGACUUCUACUCGUGCUUUCCUAUUGUUCCCAAGAUCGCAGCGUCACAUUUGAAAUUGCCAAUCACCCAUGGCUCGAAAUCAUUGACCCUGCUGGGAGGUCUGACAAGCUUUGGCGGCGCUGGCAACAAUUAUUCCAUGCAUGCGAUCACAGAGAUGACACGGCAGCUACGGCAGGGCAAAGGACGCAACGGCCUGAUUCUCGCCAACGGUGGCGUAAUGAGCUACCAGCAUGUGAUCUGCUUGUCAACCACGGGUCGCCGCGACGGAUCGGCAUAUCCUGCGGAAAACCCGCUGCCGGAAAUGGUCACCGACCUUCCAGUUCCCGUCGUCGAUGUGAAGGUGGAAGGCAAUGAGGAAGCAACGAUUGAGACAUACACGGUCGAGUUCAAACGCGACAACACCCCUCUCCGGGCGUACAUUGUCGGCCGCUUGAAGAGAAGUGGCCAUAGGUUCGUGGCCAACCACGGCGAUGAAGAGACUCUGAAGGAGAUCUCGUCGGGCUCGGACGAGAAGAUCGGACGAACAGGCCAUGUCCAGAACGAUGGGAAGAGGAAUCUCUUCGUGUUCAGUAAGCAUCUGGAUGCAAAACUGUAG